AUGAACUCAACGCGCGCAUCGCUCCCCUCCUUCCUCUCCGCCGCCAAACAUGCUCUCACCAGCUACAAUGUCUCGCAACUGCACUCCCUCACUUUUGUCAUUGGCAAUGAAUCCGCAGAUCUUGAUUCCAUGUGUAGUGCCGUCGUCUGGGCCUACAUGCUGACCUACUUCACCCGCUCCAAGACCGCCUCCCACCGGCCCAUGACCCUCUAUAUACCCCUCACCAACAUCCCGCGCGCAGAUUUUGGCCUUCGCCCCGAGCUCAACGUCGCCCUGCACUAUGCCCAGCUAACGCCAGGUCAGCUAAUCAGCCUGAAUGACCUCCCCGUUCCCUUGCCUCCUCCCAAGCAGACGCGCUGGCUCCUCGUCGACCACAAUUCCUUUACCGGCAGUCUGGGGGAACUUUAUGGGUCGCGCGUUCUCGGGUGUAUUGACCAUCAUGAUGACGAAGGCCGCGUCCCGCGGGGUACCCGAGAGGGCGAGGGCCUCGAAGGUGAGCCGAGGAUCAUUCAGCCAAGUGGAAGCUGUGCCAGUCUAGUGACUGCCUGGGCCUUGGAACGAUGGAAGGCAGAACUGACAAACCAGCCUCAAACGAACUGGUCUACUAUGAAUGAGAAUGAGAAACAAGCGUGGCAAAAGGAACGGCAAACUAUUGCAGUCUGGGAUGCUCAACUAGCCCGUCUAGCACUCGCACCCAUCCUCAUAGAUUCUGCCUGUCUUACAUCGUCAAAGACAACGUCGAUGGAUACAAAUGCCACCAAUUUUCUCGAGUGGCUCAUUAAGUAUCAUGAGGGUGCGGCAUAUGAUCGGGCAGCCUUUUACAAAGAGCUUUCCAUCGCAAAGGAAGAUAUCAGUUCUCUUUCACUCCUCGACGCAUUGCGCAAAGAUUACAAACAAUGGAAUGAAGCAGAAGAAGUUCGGGACCCUAAUCAGCCGUCUUGUAAUCUUGGUAUUGUGGCUGUAGUACAACCGCUAUCUAACCUCAUCUCUAAAGCCGGCAACACAACUGCCUUUCUCUCUGUUCUCCAUUCAUUUUCUCAGGAGAGACACCUCUCGAUCCUGGCCAUCAUGACAACCUCGCAUCUAGAACAGCAGUUACACCGCGAGCUGUUGGUCUGGGGAAUGGACGCGAGAGGAGCGUCAGCAGUUCAAUGGUUUGAAACCCAGACAGCACUUAUGCUAGGACUUGAAACUUGGGAAGAAAACAGUGGUCGGGAUAUAAUUGCAUCAACUAGUAUGAAUGAGGGGUUACCGGGAGAAGAUAGUUUGCGUCGUGUUUGGAACCAGCGUAUGGUAGAUAACAGCCGGAAGCAAGUAGCGCCCUUAUUGCGGGCUGCUAUUCGUAUGAACAAAGGCUCUCCAAAUAUUUGA